AAACAGAGAGGAGAGAGGACAAAUGUGGCUGUCAGAUUGUUAUGUUUGCAGUAUAGUCUCUUUAGUUCUUGUUUUUUACAUAUUUACCCACAUAUUUUACAAGUGUGUCUCAAUGUAGUCCCCCUUGAAUGGGCCGAAAAGAUUAGAACAGCCAGGAGGCCCAUAAAUCAGGAUCCGCCCAUGGGCCGAUGCAUCAGACUUGUUUUACUCGCUCUCGUCUCAGCCUGCCUUUCCUCGCGUCGGUCCCAAUCGCGAACUUCAUUUUCGUCGGACAACAGAUCAGCUGACCUCAUCUCUGCUCAGCUCACGGGCACGAAACUCGAUCUCCAGUCCAGGCCGAUGUCUCGAGUUGUUGGUCCUCGAUCGGGCGACGCGAUCUUUGCCAGCGUCGAGCGCGUGAAUGCAGAACUGUUUACAUUGACAUAUGGGGCAAUUGUGCGCCAGUUGCUGACUGAUCUGGAGGAGGUUGAUGAAGUCAACAAGCAGCUUGAUCAAAUGGGCUACAACAUUGGAAUCCGGCUAAUUGAUGAAUUUCUGGCGAAAUCUAAUGUCACCAGAUGUGUUGACUUCAGGGAGACAGCUGAAGUGAUUGCAAAGGUGGGUUUUAAAAUGUUCUUAGGGGUUACGGCCUCUGUGACCAAUUGGGAUGCUGAUGGGACCUGUUGCAGUAUCGUAUUGGAGGACAAUCCCCUCGUGGACUUUGUUGAGCUCCCAGAUACCUGUCAAGGACUGUACUAUUGCAACAUCCUAAGUGGAGUCAUUAGAGGAGCCUUGGAGAUGGUGUCCAUGAAAACUGAAGUUACUUGGCUUCGGGAUAUGCUUAGAGGAGACGACAUUUUCGAGUUGCAGGUGAAACUUCUGAAGCAAGUCCCCGAGGAAUACCCAUACAAAGACGAUGAAUGAGGUUCUCCUUCGCUCCUUUCUAAGUAUAUCUAUCACGCACACCGACUUGUAUGUAUGCAGUUUGUGAUUCUUUCCCUUAAUCCUCUAGUAAACUUUCAAGAAUGGAUAGCUUAAAAGUUCUUUAUGGUGGGGAGUGUAUUGGAAAUUUUCAUUCGUAGUGUUAUGUUAUGAAACACUUCGACUCGAUAGGUCCGAGCAGCUUAGUCCUGGCAAUCUACUCAUCUUGACAAUUCUUAUCAACUCAAUUGAAUCAUCUCUUUCUUCA